CUGUCUUCUGAUUGGUUGAUGAUGUGGCCAUAGCUAUCCAAGAUGGCUGCUACCAUGGUGGAACAUGUUGUCGCAGAUGCAGGAGCGUUUUUGAAGAAAGCACCUCUUCAGGAAAUCGGGAAGAAUAUCUACACCCUGAAGGAUGUAGUCGAGGAAAUUAGAGACAAGCCAACCCGGAGGAGCCUGUCUGUUCUACCAUAUCAACUCAACUUCAGAGAACCAAACCCUGAGUGCAUCAGAUUAGUAACCGAGUUCUCCAAGAAGACCGGAGACUACCCCAGCCUCUCUGCCACAGACAUCAAGGUGUUGGCUCUGACCUACCAGUUGGAGAGGGAAAACGUUGGGACUGACCACCUGAAGAAAGAACCUGAGGUCAAGGUCCGGGUAUGCAGUACAAGGAGACAUCCAGAGGCUCCUGUUGGCGUGGCAGGGUUCCACUUUCCCUCAAAGAGGCCAGCUGAUGGGUUGUUCAGUGGCAGACCGACGGCACCAGCACAGACACAGCACAGCUAUAACCCUCCAGAGAUAGGAGAGUACAACAGCUUCCAGUUCUGGAGGAAUCCCCUGCCCUGCUUCGACGUGGACCUGCUGGAACUAUUGGUGAGUAGAACACAUACUAUUUUUAUUUUAUUUAACCUUUAUUUAACUAGGCAAGUCAAGGAACACUCAGAGAGUCAUUCAGAGGAGCACGGCAGUGGGUCGGAGGAGGAGGAGGAAGAUGAGGAGGAGGAGGAGGAAGAUGGCGGUGGUUGGAUCACUCCUAGCAACAUUAAACAGGUCCAGAUGGAGACGGGGAUCUGGGCGUCGCCUGCGGACGUUAAAGUGGGAUGUCUCACCACUGACUUCGCUAUGCAGAACGUCCUGAUUCAGAUUGGACUCCAUGUCCUCUCUGUGAAUGGGAUGCUCAUCAAGCAGGCCAGGAAUUACAUCCUGCGAUGCCACGCCUGUUUCAAGACCACAACGAACAUGAAUAAGGUUUUCUGUACACACUGUGGCAACAAAACACUGAAGAAGAUCGCGGUGACGGUCAGUGAGGACGGAAGCAUGCAGAUGCAUUUCUCCAAGAACCCCAAAGUGCUUAACCCCAAGGGGAAGAGGUACUCCCUGCCCCUGCCACAAGGGGGCAAACACGCCAGCAACCCCCACCUGGUGGAGGACCAGCGUUUCCCCCAGCAGCGUGUGUCCCGUAAGGCUCGCCAGAAGACUGACGUCUUUAACCCGGACUACCUGGCCGGGGGCAGUUCCCCUUUCUCUGAUCACGACAUAUACAGCCGCUCUGCCAACCUGCACAUCACAGACGGAGCAGGCGGAGGGGGUCGGAGACGGGCAAAUCCCAACGCUGCCCGCAAGAAGAAAUGUUGAGGCUGUCUGUUUCUACACACCAAUAAAGAGAAUUCCAGCAACUGAACUGUGAAGAUAGCUGAAUUUAAUACUGCAGUUUUGUAUGAAUGACACAAUCUUUUUUUUUAAGGAAAACUUUAUUAAUUCCAUGUUCGAACGAAAUGUUAUACAGUAACUCAACUACCAAGUUUGUAAAAGCCAUAAAAGGUAUUUGCACUUUCAAGGCUUGUGCAUGUAACCUGCUCUGACAUUUUGAUACCCUUUAAUUAAAACUUUAAACAGAG